GGCGCAGCAGUUGGACUCCUUUAUGUUGGUGCGCAUGUUCUCAACGCUUACAAGGAAUACGAACAUUUUCUUCAGGACCCAAAUGCAUUCUUGCCAGCCAUCGUUAUCAUUGGCACUGCUGUGGUCAUGCUGGUCAUCGGCUUGGUUGGCUGCUGUGCCACCCUUCGUGAAUCCAAGAUUGGACUGGGAGUGUUCCUGGUCAUCAUCCUGCUGAUCUUCAUUGCAGAAAUGGCAAGCAUUGUGCUUGGAUUUAUUUACAAAGGAAAGAUAAAAACUGAAUUACAUGAACCUAUGUCAAAAUCAUUUGCAGCCUACAAUGGAAAAACAGAAGACUCUCAUCUUGUAGACCUCUUGCAACAGGAGCUCCAGUGCUGUGGUGUCUACAACUAUACUGACUGGAAAGGUACACAAUGGUUCAAUGCUACAGGCAACCACACUGUUCCUAUGAGCUGCUGCAAGCAAGGUCUGGCUAUGAAGAAUUGCACAGGACGACUAAGUGAGCCAUGGUUUCUCAAUACACAAGGCUGUGAAGUGGUAGUGGAAUUGGUGCUCAACAGCCUCCUCAACUACGCUCUGCUCGUUGUCCUGGCUUUUGCCAUUGUGAAGUUGUUUGGAAUGGUUGGCAUCUGCUUCUUGGCCUGCAAGAAAGAAAACAGCGGUUAUCAGCCCCUGAACUCAGGAGUGUUUGCCUGACCGAAAAAUGGAGGACUUUCCCUUUUGGGAUUUCCAUGAACAAAAAUGGACGUAAAAAAAUGUCUUGAGUAGAAAGCAUGAGCCUACUUUUUAUGCAGUCCUGAGGGAGAUUACACUGGCUUUCAGAAGUUGUAUUAAAUGUGAAAUGAGUUGGCAUUAACAUCCUUAUAGCCCUGAGAUUUCUCUGAUGCAGCUGAAAUUAAGGGGUACUUUUCUUAACAGCAGGUGGAGACAUUCCCCAGAAAAGACAGACCAAGGUGGGCGAUUCCAGUGUUUCGUGCAAUUUGUGAAUCUAUCUUUGAAUAUACUUUAAAAAUUAUUUUUCACACAAGGUGCUUUUUUUCCCCUUCCCUGAUUGGCUGGUCCACUGGUAUAUAAUAAAGGGCUAUAUGUUUAUAGCAAACCUCUGAAAUCUAGUGGAGGUGACUCAACAUUAGACAUUUUGAAUUCCACUCCGAGGUAAAUCUCGAGAACAGAGGUUGGCUUGGAUGUAAGCUGGAUUCUUCUCCCAAGAAAAACUGCAGGUAUAAAGGCCGACAAUUGCUUUUACUAUAGUUACUGGCAUUUUCUGGAAUAACUUGCGGGUUUGGACAUAUGCAAACUUCAUCUGGGAGUUUUCAGCAUUUCCAAGUGAAUAUCGCCAUCCAUUAAAUUUCUGACACUGUGAAUUCUUUUGAUCAAGAGUUGGGUAGUCCAGAGCUGCCUACAGGUUCCUGGCUUCCCUUUUUUUAGCUCUUGAGGUCUAAGAUUGAAUUCUGGCGGCACAGGUUCCCCAAAUUGACAAUUCAUAUAGGGAAGCCCAAUAAAGUUGUAGCAUAACCCCUAAAAUGGGCUUCAGACUUUAAGCAGAGAAAGAUAAUCUGCUCUAAAUAUCUGUCAGAGCCUCACACCUGAAAAAAGUAUGCCUACUCCUGUUAUCACUGCAUCCUUAGUUCUACUCUGCCAAAAUUAACUACAGUCCCCAGCUACAAAUCUGUUGAGCUAUAGAACUAAAGCAGAGUUGCAGGAACACUUCAGAAGUGAUGGAUUGAUUGCUUAAUCCCAGCCGUAUCUUCACGUAGUAGUUAUGUACUCCGGAGGCACCAGGUUGGAUAAGGCUGAUCUAGGGAUAUGUGGCUGAUAUUAUUAGUCUUUAUUCAAUGGAUGCUCCAGUUUGACUUGAGUCUAUUCUUGGUCCAGUAAUCCAGUACACGCCGCAGGUGAGUAAAAUUUCAGGGUGUGCCUGGAAAUAUAUCAAACACGUGAUGCUACUUUAAUUUCAGUAGCAGCUGGAGCUUGAUUUUAUUCUGCACUGUUAGACGGCAUUAAAAACAGUGUCUCCAGAUGAAGGAUGUUGACUUACCAGGAUAUGAUCAAACAUCUUCUUUAUGUUCUGACUUUUCCUUGCUGACUUCCUUCCUAAGUUGAGAAGCAACUUAGCAUAGGCGUUGCUGAAAAAAAGAAGCAACAGAUUUGUUUUUUCAAAACAUUUCUCAUUAAUUUCUUGAGUAUAAAUGACUAUUUAGAUUACAUAAGGACGCUCCUUAAACCAUAAAUAAAAUAUUUCAAAAACAA